ACCGUGUUUCUAAAUAGCUCGAAUGUGGGUUGUUGCCAAACAAGCCAUCAUAUGGUAGUUAUCACUCUUUGUUUAUCAUGCGCUCGUGAACAUGAACAAAGGGUCUUUUAACUGUGCUGUGUUGAAUCUACAUUGCGACAAUCAGCGUACAGUUUUUAGAACGAUGUGACAAGUGAGCUAGGAUUAGAUUUGACAUGACUUUCAUUUUUUAUUGUGCUAUUGUUUAAUUUAGUAAUUUUAAAGAGGUUUUAAAAUACUACGGUAGUUUCAUUUUAGAGAUAAUUUAUAUCUCGUCAGCUAUGGAUGAACGGAAAGCAGAUGAAUCAUCUUGGUUUGGCCGAACCGCUAAAUUAAUUCAAGAGAGAUUUAAAUCCCACAACAAGAACUUCGAGAGUGAUCUGGAAACGGAACAACAGUACAAAGAACGAUGGCGAUCGAUUUACAUUAUUUACUUUACAAUGUUUUUAAUUUCUUUGGGGUUCAGUAUUAUAGUUACCGGAGUAUGGCCCUACUUGGACAAACUUGACCCAACUGCUGGUAAAGAAUUCAUGGGUUAUAUCGUGGCGGCCAACCCCUUUGGUCAAAUGUUAUUUUCACCGUUGGUGGGUUGGUGGAGUAACAGAUUGGGUUCAAUUCGAAUACCUCUUUUAGCCUCAUUGGCGCUUUUUACAACAACUAGCAUUAUUUACUCGUCUUUGGAGUUGUUCGACGAACACAGGAAACACUGGAUGUUAUGGACAAGAUUCCUGGUGGGGGUUAGUUCAGCUAACAUUGCUGCUUGUCGGUCAUAUCUAUCGGCAGCGACACGGGUCUCUGAACGCACGAAAGCUGUUUCGAUGAUAUCGUUAGCCCAAGUGUUGGGUUUUAUUGUAGGCCCUGCCAUUCAAGCCGCGGUUGUUCCCUUAGGCGAUGAAGGAUUUUGGUUGAUUCCCCAUAAAUUGAAACUCAACAUGUACACAGCUUCGGGAUGGAUUAACGUAAUUUUCUCGCUCUUCAAUAUGUACCUGUUUUUGCCACACGUGUUCAAAGAACAUAAAAUUGCCGGUAGAGAAGCUAUGUUGAAGCAAGGAAAGAAUAACGAAAAAGAUACGUGGAAACAACACAGACCUAACUAUUUCGCUACUUGGACUUUAAUAGUAGCAUUCUUUGUGAUAGUUUUUAACUUUAUGUUAUUGGAAACAUUGGGAACUCCACUUACUAUGGACCAGUUUGCUUGGUCGAAAGCUGAUUCGCUUAAAUACAUGGGUAUUUUAAUGUCUGUGGGGGCAGUUCUAGCAAUCAUUACUUUCGCCUCAAUUUCACCUCUUUGUAAGAAAUUUUCCGAAGUGAAGGUGAUGAUAUGGGGAGGAUUUCUUUUCAUGGUUUUGGGUCGUGCAAUUUAUAUACCGUUUAAUAAUGAUCCACCAGUCAUGUACGACUCGGAAUUGAAAUUGAAUAUGACCUUAAUUUGUGAUAAGGUUUUAUACAAUCGACCAAACAAUGAAUAUGACUUUAAUCUAAACGAAACUAUCUGGAAUUUAAAUAAAAAUUCCUUGGAUGAAGUGGCAGUCAAAAAUUUAACUUUUAAUUGUGGUGAGGAUCUCCUGGGUUGUCCAUCAAGCCAAGAAUGGUGUUCUUUCACUCCCGCGAUAACUCUCACACAGUUCAUCAUUGGUUACUUUUUGACGGCAUUUGGAUAUCCAAUUGGAGUGACUUUAAUCCAGACGAUAUUUUCGAAAUUGCUGGGUCCUAGACCACAGGGAGUUUGGAUGGGUUUAAUGACGGGCUCUGGUUGUUUAUCAAGAGUUAUGGGUCCAGUGUUCGUAACCCAUAUAUACGAAGAAUUUGGCACUGUCUGGACAUUUGGGUUAACGGCUGUGAUGAUGGUUCUUUGUCUUUUAUGGCUGUUGUAUUUUAACAAAACAUUAAUUCCAGUUGAAAUAAUACUUGAGCCGGAAGGACAAGAACUUAAAGAGAUUCAUUUGGUUAGAGUUCCACUCAGUGAAAAAGUGGAAGAUGAUUGAAGCGUCAGAGAAUAAUUUUAAACUCGUACUUACAUUCGUGGUUGUAAUUUAGUUGAGUUUGAAUGAGUUUAGACUAGUUACGAGAAUUUGGUCAGGGACAUGCUGUCAACGUACUUGCCAACAGUUUUUGUUGUUCUAGAGAAAUAACGCCAAAAAUACUUUUUCAUGGAUCUCAAGACUGAAACGCAAUCGUUAAUAUAAAAUAAGAAAAGCGAUGGAUAAGUGAUAUUUUUAGUAGUAAUUGUACUUAGAUUUUUAUAAUACUGUUAUCUACGUCUUAUACAUAUUUUUACAAAAUGAUUUUUUGCGAGCAAUAAAUAAAGUGCCGUGUAUUACAUAACUGAAUAAAUAUCGUUCUAAACUUUGGUUA